UUUUGGGGGUUUGGUUCUCAAAGGAGAAACUUCAUCGUCUCUUUCUAUCAAUUUUCAUCGUUUCUGAGACAGAGUGGGAGAGAAGUUUUAUUUUUGUUAGGAGAAGUAUCGAUUUUUGAGUUAGUUUCAAUGGAAGGUAUCACAGAAGGAGUGAACAACAUGAGCUUGGCCGUCGAUUCCCAGAAGAAGAAUCGGAUUCAGGUUUCCAACACUAAGAAGCCAUUGUUCUUCUACGUCAAUCUCGCCAAGAGAUACAUGCAGCAGUACACAGAUGUAGAGUUGUCUGCACUUGGAAUGGCCAUUGCUACUGUUGUAACCGUCGCCGAGAUAUUGAAGAACAAUGGUUUUGCUGUUGAAAAGAAGAUCAUGACUUCGACUGUUGAUAUCAAGGACGAUUCAAAGGGACAUCCUGUGCAGAAAGCCAAGAUUGAGAUAACGCUUGCCAAGUCUGAGAAGUUUGAUGAAUUGAUGGCUGCAGCCAAUGAAGAGAAGGAGGCUGCAGAAGCUCAAGAACAGAGCUGAAAUCUCAUUUUAGUGUUUUUUUUUUCUGUCGUCGAUCUGAUUUCUUCGUUUUCUAUCUCUCUGCUUAAUGUUAAACACACUUUAUUUGUUUUAUUUCGUUAAUUUUUGGCUCACUUUGAAUGUUAUCUUGGAUUGUGUUCUCUGUAUCUGUGAACGUUUUUAUCUGAGGAUCAUAGUAGGUGUAGAAAA